AUGUCCGUUCACGACGAGAAUACACAUCGAUAUAGUGAACUGAGGAGCAAGUUCAAGUGCUACAUUGAUACAUAUAAUGCAUUGUAUCAGCUAAAAACGAAAAAUAAAGACGAUUUGCACUCGAUUUACAAAAUGAUAAAGACAGAGUUGAUUGAUUCAAAGAAAUGUCUACCUCAAAUACUUAUAAAAGACAUUUUAAACAUCAUUCCAUUUAAUACUCGAUAUACAAAUUCAUACUUGAAACUUGCGAAACUCAUCUAUGAUGAAUAUCAAAUAGAAGAGGUAUAUGAUAUUAGCUCUUCAAGCCUUAGCAUGUUUUAUUAUAAAUAUGAUAUUAAAUUACAAAAUGAAGACUACGAUUAUGGGGAUUUUUUAUUUUAUCUUCUGCUUCAUUCAGAAAAUUCAAUUUUCAGAUUAAUUAUGGAUGACAACCUAGAGCAAUUCAUUUCAUUCACUGAAAGAGCAGGAUUUGAUAAAGAUCAACGAUUUGAAUUCUAUUUACAGGAAUUUUCCGGUCACUUCUUUUCGUUACUUGAAUUAUGUUGUUACUAUGGAUCAGUUCGUUGUUUCAAGUUUUUAAGAACAAAAUUUAACUCAGAAAUAUCUUACAGAUGUCUCAAAUUUUCAUUUUUAGGCGGAAAUCAAGAGAUUAUGAGUGAAUGCCUGAAAUAUAAUGAACCAUAUGGAGAUAUCAUGAAAUAUGCAAUUAUUUCACACAACAUUGAUUUUGUUACAUUCUUGAUGAAUGAAUACAAUAUAUCUAUUGAUUUAGAAUGUUGCGUUGAAUACAAUAAUCUUGAAUCAUUUUUAGUUGCUUUUGAUCAAAAUUUUUCAUUGAAUCAUAUUGACGAAUGCUUUUAUUAUUCAACAACGUUUAACAUUCCACCACUUUGGGAAUAUUUCCUUUCACUUGGUGCAAAUAUCAAUGCAAAAUUUGAAGAUGGAUUUACGGCACUUUAUAAUGCUUCAAGAAACGAUGAAAAAGAAACAGUAGAAUUUCUACUUUCACAUGGUGCAAAUCCAGAUGAAGAAGAUUUAAUUGGAGAUACUGCUCUUCUUUAUGCUAUUUAUCUUGAAAACAAAGAGAUUAUCGAACUCCUUCUUUUACAUGGUGCAGAUGUAAAACAAAAUAGAUCUAAUAAAUUACCACUUCAUCGUGCAGCAUCACAAAGUACUAAAGAAAUUGUCGAACUUAUUAUUUCAUAUGGUGCAAAUGUCAAUGUAAAAGAUAAUUAUAAACAAACAGCUCUUCGUUGUGCAAUGUAUAAUAAGAAUAUAAAAGAAAUAGUUGAAAUUCUUCUUUCACAUGGUGCAAAUGUCAAUGAAUAA